AUGAGGGCUCUCCGAGACAAACUCAAAGAUUCCAAGCUGCAAGACGCGAAGAUCAAAGCCAUCCAUCUCAAGCACAAGAUCGGCAAGCUCACCAACAUUGUGAAUAGCAACCAUCGCCAUGAUGAGGAACACGAGCAGGCUACCGAUCGCAAAAGAACCGAGAUUUGCGAGAGUCAUCGGUUCAAGUCCUUCUUCCCCGAGCGCGAUGGCAACAACAUCAAAUGGUAUGUCGAUGGUCGUGACUACAUGUGGGCUGUCUCUGUUGGCCUCGAAUCUGCCAAAGAGACCAUCUACAUCGAGGACUGGUGGCUAUCCCCGGAGCUGUUCUUGCGUCGUCCUCCCUUUUUCAACCAAGAAUGGCGUCUUGACCAGAUCAUCAAGCGAGCAGCCGAGCGCGGUGUCCAGGUCUAUGUUAUUGUCUACAAAGAAGUUCAGCAGGCACUGACUUGUAAUUCCGCCCACACCAAACACGCUUUGAGGGCUCUUUGCCCAGAGGGAACCCCUGGACAUGGAAACAUCCACGUCAUGCGUCACCCAGAUCACAAUGUGUUCGAGAAUUUCGGUGACAUGACUUUUUACUGGGCUCAUCACGAGAAAUUUAUCGUCGUCGACUACCAUCUCGCAUUCAUCGGCGGGCUGGACUUGUGUUAUGGCAGGUGGGAUAUUAGACAACAUAUUCUGGCCGAUGUGCAUCCAUCUGGCGUGGUCAACGAAAUCUUCCCUGGACAAGACUUCAACAACAACAGGCGCCUAAUUGAAAAUUACAGGAUCAUGGACUUCCAAACCGUGGAGGAUUGGUCAAACAAUGAGUUGAACAAGACGGAAUAUGGAAGAAUGCCCUGGCACGACGUUGCCAUGGGACUCGUUGGAGAAUGUGUCAUUGACAUUGCAGAACAUUUCGUGUUGAGGUGGAAUUUCAUCAAGCGAGACAAGUAUAAGCGGGAUGAAGGAGUUGACUACCUCUGCAUGACCACAAGAUCCCGCGCCGAUGGCUCAAACCCUGACGAAGAUCUCAUUUCCAUUCAACGUCCCAAACAUCCCGUAGGAAGGUACCUCGAGCACCCACUUUCCCCACUCGAAGGCAAAGGACUGCAAAAUGCCGGUUCGGUCCACGCUCAAAUUGUUCGCAGCAGCGAUGACUGGAGCAGCGGUAUCCUGAUUGACCACAGCAUCCAAAAUGCCUAUGCUGAAGUCAUUGAAAAUGCUCAACAUUACGUCUACAUCGAGAACCAAUUUUUCAUCACUGCCACUGGCGAUCAGCAAACCCCGAUUACCAAUACCAUCGGUCGUGCCAUGGUGAAUGCUUGCAUUCGUGCCGACAAAGAGGGCCGCAAAUUCCGAAUCAUCAUUGUGAUCCCGGCCAUCCCUGGCUUCGCGGGAGAUCUUCGUGAGGAUGCUGCCAUUGGAACCCGUGCCAUCAUGGAUUACCAGUUCAAGUCCAUCAAUCGUGGCGAGCACUCCAUCAUGGGACAAGUCUCCAAAGCGGGCCUUGAUCCAGCCAAGUACAUUUUUGUCUUCAACCUCCGAGCCUACGACCGAAUCAACAAGACCCCAGCCCUAAUUCAACAAGAAAAAGAAUCCGGUGUCUCAUACCAGGAGCUUCAGCGCGCCGAAGCCGAAGAAAUCAUGGGUUCGGGCAUCCACGGCUACGAAGGCGAAUCAUCCGACGGCGAGGGGAGCUCCAAGGCCCCGGCAGUCAACUCCGACGAGCAGAAGCGGAUCAUCGAUCGGAAGCGCAGGUUCGAAGCAGCAAGACGGGACGUCGAUGUCAAAGAUCCAAUCACGUCGACCGACUCCAUCGGCGAAGACGCCAUGGCACGCGGCGGCCUUGUCAGCGAGGAGCCAUGGGAGGGCGAGAGAGAGGCAGAAAAGGAAAACUUUGUGCAGGAAGAGCUGUACAUCCAUGCAAAACUCCUGAUCGCCGACGACAAGACCGUCAUCUGCGGGUCGAGUAAUCUGAACGACCGCUCCCAGCUAGGGAAGCACGACUCGGAACUCUCCAUCGUCAUGACUGACACGAAGAUCCUCGAGUCGACUAUGGACGGCAAACCCUACCAAGCAGGCCACCACGCAGCAACCCUCCGCCGCCACCUGUGGCGCGAGCACCUAGGCAUGAUCGAAGCGCAAGCAGUCGACGGCUCAAACGACCCGAACGCGCAACCACCCACCGUGUGUCCAAACGACAACUACUCAGGAGAGGAGUGGGACUUCGUCGCCGACCCGCUGGGUGACGCCUUGUGGGAAAAAUGGACGUCCCAGGCGACGACCAACACUGAAGUCUACCGCCACCUGUUCCGCGCCGAUCCCGACAACAACAUCAAGACCUGGGCCGACUACGACAGCUUUGCUCCGCGCAAGAUCAUCAAGCAGGGUCAUAUCCAUGACCCCCAUAUGCCUGUCGACCUGAUCCGUCAGGAGAUGGACAAGAUCCGCGGCCAUCUCGUCUGGAUGCAGUUGGAUUUCCUGUGCGAGGAGGAAAUGGCCGAGAAGGGCCUCCAGGUCAACUCCAUGACCGAGGUGAGUGCUACAUCCCUAAUUACGAUUUGCCCCCCCUGGACACCUAUUUCCAUCCCGGCUCCUGAAAUUGAUUAG